AUGGCUUCCUUACAAUCGCUAAAAGCACCAACCUUGAUGAGUAAAAAGACUCAAAAAACAGUACAAACGGACGAAGACGACGUUAUUAUUGACGCCAACGCUUUGCCCGCUCGCUCUACUGAAGACGAUGUUGCUAUGGAAGAAGAUUCUGCUUUGGUUGAUAAGCCUAAUUUUGCUCCUGCUAGCGCAGCCGAAUUAAAGAAAGUUGUAAAGGGUACUCGUAAAGUGCCUAUUCCUCCUCACCGUAUGUCUCCCUUGAAGAGACACUGGUUAGAAAUUUAUUCUCCUCUUGUCGAACACAUGAAGCUUCAAAUUAGAAUGAAUGUCAAAACCAAAACUGUUGAACUCAAGACUUCCCCUCAAACCGAGGAUGAGGGUGCAUUACAAAAGGGUGCUGAUUUCCUCAGAGCAUUUGCUUUAGGUUUCGAAGUAGAGGAUGCUAUGGCUUUAUUAAGAUUGGACGACAUUUUCUUGGACACUUUUGAAAUUAAAGAUGUGAAGACUUUGCAUGGUGAUCACUUGGCCCGUGCUAUUGGUCGUAUUGCUGGUCGUGAUGGUAAAACAAAGUUCACAAUUGAAAAUGCAAGCAAAACAAGAAUUGUUUUGGCAGAUACCAAAAUUCAUAUUCUCGGUUCAUUCCAAAACAUCAAGAUUGCUCGUGAUGCAGUUGUCAGUCUUAUUUUGGGUAGUCCCCCUGGUAAGGUUUAUGCUACUCUUCGUACUAUCUCUGCUCGAAUGAAGGAACGCUUUUAG